CCAGCUGCACACAGACAGACACCGCUGGGCUGUCAGACUGACUGAGAACCGACGGAUCUAGCACCACAGAGGACCCGGAUUUACUGAGGACACUGGAAGCAAGGAAUUAAGUUCGGACAGGGAUUAUCAAAUAUUAGACCGGGCAUGACAAUGUGGGCCAAGCUGAGGGUGUAGCCACAUCUGGCAGAGACUGCUAAAGUGAGCAAGAGCCCCAGCACACCAAACCAUCGUCUGCAGCAGAGAAGAUGGGAGAGACAGAGGAGGAGAGGGAUAAUGUGGGGAAGCUGUUUGAGAACUUUGUCCAGGCCUUGACCUGUAAGGGGACCCUGCAAGCCUUCAACGUCCUCUGCAGACAGCUGGACCUGGACCCUGCUGACAACAGCACCUUCUACAGCAGUCUGAAGGCUAGCGUCACGACCUGGAAGGCCAAAGCUCUGUGGAGUAAACUGGACAAGAGGAUGUCACAUAAGGAGUACAAGAAAGGACAAGCCUGUGCAGGCACCAAGUGCCUCAUCAUCGGCGGGGGCCCCUGUGGUCUACGGACAGCCAUUGAGCUGGCUCUGCUGGGUGCCAAAGUGGUGGUGAUCGAGAAGAGAGACUCCUUCUCACGGAACAACGUGCUGCACCUUUGGCCCUACACCAUUCAUGACCUCCGAGGCCUCGGGGCCAAAAAGUUUUAUGGCAAAUUCUGCGCUGGGGCCAUUGACCACAUUAGCAUUCAGCAGUUGCAGCUGAUCCUUCUGAAGGUGGCCCUGAUUGUUGCAGUAGAGUUUCACAUCAAUGUGGAGUUUGUCAAGCUGUUGGAACCUCCAGAGGAUCAGGAAAAUGAAGGGAUUGGGUGGAGAUCCGCAAUCCGACCUGCUGAUCACCCUGUGGCUAACUUUGAGUUUGAUGUGGUGGUGGGGGCUGACGGACGCAGGAAUACUUUGGAAGGUUUUAGAAGGAAGGAGUUCAGAGGGAAGCUGGCGAUUGCCAUCACCGCCAAUUUCAUCAACAGGAACACGACAGCUGAGGCUAAAGUAGAAGAGAUCAGUGGUGUGGCCUUCAUCUUCAACCAGAAGUUCUUCCUCGACCUCAAAGAGGAGACAGGUGUUGAUCUGGAGAAUAUUGUGUACUACAAAGACAACACACAUUACUUUGUUAUGACUGCAAAGAAACAAAGCCUGCUGGAUAAGGGAGUCGUCAUCAAUGAUUAUGCCGACACCCAGAUGCUGCUGAGCAGUGAAAAUGUAAACCAGGAAGCUCUCCUAUGCUACGCCCGGGAGGCUGCUGACUUUGGCACCAACUACCAACUUCCUACGCUUGAUUUUGCCAUGAACCACUGCGGGCAGCCAGAUGUGGCGAUGUUUGACUUCACCAGCAUGCAUGCUUCAGAGAAUGCUGCUCUGAUCCGGGAGAGGUUUGGACAUCAGCUGCUGGUUGCGCUGGUUGGCGACAGCCUCCUAGAGCCCUUUUGGCCCAUGGGUACGGGUUGUGCCAGAGGCUUCCUUGCUGCCUUCGACACCGCUUGGAUGGUAAAGAGCUGGGCUCAGGGACGGACCGUUCUGGAAGUGCUUGGAGAAAGGGAGAGUAUUUACAGGCUGCUUCCACAGACAACACCUGAAAACAUUGCCAAAAACUUUGAACAGUACACCAUCAACCCCGGGACUCGAUACCCCAACCUUAACUCAUCUUGUGUCAGGCCACACCAGGUGCGUCACUUGUACAUCAGUGGAGAGUUGAGCUCCUGUUCUCUGGAGCGAGCUGCCUCUAUACGUCGGCCUGUCAAUCUCAGCAGACGAGAGUCUGAAAUCAGACCUGCCAGGCUUCUCACCUGGUGCCAGAAACAGACCGACGGCUACAAAAAUGUGAAGAUCACAGACUUGACGUCUUCCUGGAGAAGUGGCAUCGCUCUCUGUGCCUUGAUCCACCGGUUCAAACCCCAGCUCAUAGAUUUUGACUCAUUAAAUGAAGAAGACCAUGCUGCAAACCUCCAGCUGGCCUUUGACAUCGGUGAGCAGGAAUUUGGGAUCCGACCAUUUACAUCUGCGAAGGAGCUGAGUGCUGAUCAGGAGCUGGAUAAGACCAGGAUGAUCACAUACCUGUCCAAAUUCUAUGAGCUCUUUCGUGGCACACCUCUUCCUGCCUCAGGUUUCAGAGGAGUGGAUGAAAACAAUGAAGAUUAUCCAUCAAGGGAAGUCAGAAGUAAUAAUAAUAUGCUCAAUCAUGCACUGCCCAGGAAGCGGGUACCAAAGGAUGAAAAGAAGUCAGAUGGCACUGAUCCAAUUUACAAAAGGAGGAGGAAAUUUUGCAGUUACCUGGAGGAGGCCACCAAUCUUUCGAGUAAUGGGUCCCCAGUGCGAGAGAGCCCGGAGCCCAAAGAGAACAAAGUUCGCUCCAUGGCUACUCAAUUGAUUGCAAAGUUUGAAGGCUCACCCACAAUUGUCCGGAAAACACAGUCUCAGUCAGACUGUGAGAGGUCCUCCCCACUGCAGACACUUGACCUGACUGUGAGUCUGCCCAAUAAAGUCAGGCCCCCGGUCCCACCCAAACCUCCUCCCGAGAUCCAGUUUGAAGUCAGUCUCAGAAAAGCAGCAGAAAACUUAGUCCGCCUGCCUCCAAAGACCCUGCCCAAACCUCCGCUCCAGCCUCAGUCUCAGCAUCCAUUCUCUGUAGUGAAACUCAGACAUGUUGAUCAAACGCACGCUGAGAAGAAGCCCCCGCCUCAGCCUGAGUGUGCAGACCCCCCUGCUUCUCCUCCCUCCUGCCAGUCUGCAAUCCAUUUCAUGUCAAGAGUCCUGCAGCGCCUCAGGGAGGUGGAUGAGCACAUCUCUGAGAUAAAAGCUCAGGUACAACAGGCUAGAGAGUUUCAGACAAAGAGUAUAAAGGAAAAAGCUGUUCACCUUACUGAGAUGUUCACAGGAGACGGCCCAGCUGUGCCCAAGGGAGGAUCAGUACGAAGGGCGUUCCCUCCAUCAGGUGACAGGUGUCACUCAUGUGAGAGGCGGGUUUACAUGGUGGAAAGGGUCUGUGCGGAGGGUCUCUACUUCCACAGGGAGUGUUUCCGCUGCUCCACCUGCAGCUCUGCUCUACGACAGGGAGCACAUGCCUUUGACUCUGAGCAUGGAAAGCUGUACUGCCAGCUUCACUUUGACCAGCGCAACAACGGGACAAACCUGCGGAGGAAUUUAUCUCAACGCUCACUUCGUUUUGGAGCUACUGUUCAGGAGCGACCUGCAGGUGACCAACAGAGCUCGGUGUCCAGCAGCACUGCACCGCUGCAGAGCGAAUCCUCAGCAGAUGAAGCCUUUUAUGAAGAGUGUGAGCUGGGAGAAAUGACGUUUUGAAGAAUCUACCAUGUAUACAGUAUCACCUCAAAGACUGAGAUUGAAAAAAGAUGACUCUUCAUGAGGUCGUUGUAAAUUAUUAAUUAUAAUUCAUGUGAAUUGAGGGAGUUUCUUGUGUUUUUGUGGACUUCUGUAAUGCUUUUUGAUGAAAAAAUAUUUGUUUUUGACCCCUUUUAGAUAUUUUGAAUUAUUUUUUGCAUGCUUUAUUCUGUAUGUUGAUAGUGAGGUUUGACUGAUCACAAAACAUUUCUGUUUAUUUUUAAUAGAAAAGUUAAAUGUAUAAUUUAACGCUGUUGAUUAGAUAAUUUUUUAAGGGAUUUUUUUUUCUUUGUGUGGAGGGACAGCACUUUUCAUGAUUUAACCAACCAGUCAUUCACUAAAUUCCCAAGCAAACACAAAACAAAGAAAAAAAAAAAAUUUAUCACAAAAAGUCAAGGUCAAAAUAUCAUGCAAGGAAACCAGUUUUUUAAACUCCACGUUUUGGUAACCUGAUUUCUUCAGUUCACUUUAUUGAGUAUUUCAUGAUGCACUCAGGUUUGUUUUGCAGCCAUCUUGGAUAAAUGGCUGCAGUCAGUUUGUGUAAGAUAUUUUUCCUGUUGUGUUUCACAUGGGUGCCCAAUAAAAUGAAUGUUCUGGCCUUCAGUCUAUAAACUAAAGUAUGUAUAAUAUGAAGAACCAUUUUAAAGGUUUGUGGCAGCAGCAAUUACCUCAAAGAUAAACUCAAAAGCUAAGAUCUCCCAUUUAUCAGAUAUUGACCUCUGUUUUUGUCUUUUUUUACUACUUUAAAAUCGUCAAUAAAGCAGCACAUGAUAAAAAACAAACAUUUUUAUAGUCUUCUUUAGUUGUAAAGUACAUAAUGUGAAAAGAGAAACACUCUGCAGUGUUGAGGAAUGUGUUCAGAGCUCAGAGCGUCAGACCCCCAUUCACUGGGAACCUUUAAAAAAGAAUCACUGUGAGAUGAAGUGUAAAGACCUUGACUCUACAAAGCCAGUCAAUUAAAGUGUUUAUCGCUGCCUCUGUUAAUUAAACUCUCAAAUUUCAAAUUUUAAAUAUCAAAGAGAGAAGAAAGACCACAAGUCUGACUCAGAGUCAGAUGGCAGCAGCUUUUUAAAGAGAAGAAGAGAUGAUUUAAAGUCGUUUAUCUGGAGCCCUCUGAAUAUCUGCUGGUGCACUUUCACUGAGAAGAAAUUCAAAGGGAAUCGACACAUUCUCUAUUUGUUCAUGUGCAUGAAGAGAAAGUCAUUCAGAACAGUUUCACCAUUAUGUUUGGUGUAUCUGGUUUCUGAUACAUACAGGUUCUUUAAAUCAUCAGUUAAUGAAUUAUGUGAUGGUACUGGAACCAGGGUCAGCUGGUGAUCAUUACAAUCUUAAAUUAAAAGGAAAAAAAUUAUUCAGGUCAGCUCUUACAGGUAACUGGAUGUAUAGCCAGAUAACCCAUUCUGAUAGGGGUCCAUACUGAAAAUGUAUGUUCUGGUUUGCAGAAAAGACUGUAUAUUUACGUAGACAUAUGUCUAGUUUUUGUUUUCAGUUCAUUUAUUUGUUCCAUCAGGUUUUGUUAGAGAGUUUCUUUAGGUAAUUGCUCUCUCUUCUUACAGACUAGGAUUUCUUGUCUGGUGCAGACUGUCAUAAAGGUCAGGGGGACUAAAACCUCUCCCUAAACCCCUCUUUGAGCAACCUGUACUGAGUACUGUCUAACCUGACUCAGAUCCUCCACACUGAGUGAGUUUUCCCACUUGAUAGACUAUACAGAGUCCUUAAACUGUCUCCACCAAGGAUAUUAAGCAUUGUAUUCUAUUGUAUUAAUACACCAUUUUGUAUUAUAUCAAAUCCAAGCGGCAACCUCCGGUCCUGAAAAAUGAAGCCAAUGCCGAAAUGCAAAAAACUGCUGUACAGCGAGCGUCCACUUGAGGCUGGCUACAGGAACACUGGAAGUCCUGUCUGAACAUGUUAAAAAGCCGUUUUUUACACUAGAAAUAAACUGGUUUACAGCCUGGUUUAAAAAAACCAGUCUCAUUAGC